UUCUCUCACAGUUAGCAUGCACCGACUCUCUCUCUAACGAACAAGAAUAACAAAAAAGAAAAAAGCCAAAGCAAAGGGCCACCUGUUGAUUCAUUCCAUAAACCACCAUUGCCACUUGUGAUCAAGAAUUUUGCCUCAGAAAAAAAAACCCUUUAAAAACAUUGCACCUCUCUAUCUCUCUCUCUCAUCACAUUCCUCCCAUUGCCGCUCCAUUCAAUUGUGAGAGAAUCUCUCUAGAUAAGGGGGCUCUUUUUGAUCGAUCCCUACAUUUUAAUUGGGAAAUAGUAAUAAAGAUUGGGUUUUUAUGAGGAGAGAAGUGAAAAAGGAGUGAUCUUUAAUCCUUUCCUCACUGCCCCUUUUUGAUUCUUCAAUCUUUUCGGAAAUGGAGUUAGCUGCUGUUGCUGUGGAGCCUUCUUCAGUGGAGGAAUUUGGGAAUUCUAAUUCGGAGGGCUCGGAUGGCGUGAACGAUUCUGGUUUGAAUCCGAAUGUGGAUUCGAAAUCGGAGCUGGAGAUGAAGGAGAUUGUGGAUAUGUUGAAGAAGCUGGAGCUGAAUCCCUUGGCGAAGGAGUUCUUUCCUUCGUCGUAUCAGCAGAUUCACAAUGGUGGUUACAAUUUGCAUAUGGAUUUUGGGAAUGGGGGUUUCGCUAAUCACAGAAGGAGAAGAAAUAACUACGACCAGGGUAAGAAGAGAAUGAACGGCCGAGCUUUUAAAGCUCAAAGAGAAGAAAGUAUUAGACGAACUGUUUACGUCGCAGACAUUGAUCACAAUAUCUCCGAGGAGCAGCUUGCUGCGUUAUUCAGCAGCUUUGGACAGGUGGCCGAUUGUCGAGUUUGCGGUGAUCCACACUCCAAUCUUCGCUUUGCUUUUGUAGAAUUUUCUGAUCAGUAUUCCGCUCGAGCUGCUCUGGUUCUCAAUGGUACGGUUUUGGGUUUCUCUACUGUCAAGGUCUUGCCUUCUAAAACGGCCAUUCUUCCCGUGAACCCGACUUUCCUUCCCCAGUCGGAAGAUGAGCUUGAGAUGUGUGCCCGAACAGUCUACUGCACUAACAUUGAUAAGAAGGUUACUCAAAUUGAUGUCAAGAAUUUCUUUGAAGCAAGAUGUGGCGAGGUCUCCCGCUUAAGGCUCUUAGGCGACCAGAUGCACUCUACGCGAAUUGCUUUUGUCGAAUUCAAAAUGGCCGAGAGUGCUCUACUGGCCCUCGACUGUUGUGGUGAGAUGCUGGGUUCCCAGCGGAUCAGGAUUAGUCCUUCGAAAACACCUGUGAGGCCACGUCUUCCUCGCCCCGGGAUGGAAUACGCACACUAACUCGAGCUUCCCGUUUCAGAUGGAAACCCGAAUGCUGGUGUUGCUGGGACACACAAGUUUUUUCAUGCCAAAUUUAGUUUCUUUGACAGUAGUUGUUAUGUUUUUGAGAUGGAACUGUGCAUACUUAAAAGAAUUUGCCUGUGUUUUAUUUUA